AUGGCGUUUAUUGUUGAAUUGUGGGACUCUAUUUUCACCCCUGGCACAACACCAGCGCUUAUGAAGGCCACUCAUGCCUCGUUUAUAUUGCUUUUGCUAUCCCUUUCGUGGUUGAUAUACGUGACAAGAUCCAUCCACUAUAUAAACUUACUGAUCAUUGCACUUCUUCUAUACGGAUCUGUUCUUUGGUUUGUUAAGGAGUUAAAACAGGCUAAACUUAAGAGCAAUGAGGAGCUCCAAAAGGAAACAGCACAAAAUGAGAAUGUGGAAACCCUGGAGAAAAGCGAAGGUGAUGGUGCCGAGGCAACCAGUCGUCAAAGCAAUCCUGCCAGGAAGAGAAAAGUGUAA